ACUUAUACUUUUCUUACAUUCACAUUAAUAUAGCAAUGAGCAUAUAUUAUUAAGCCAACCCCUCUUUCUCCAACAUCUCAUUCAUUUGAGUUUGACCCGUUGCCAGCCACCGCCACCUCUUUUCUCUUCUCCGAUGGCUACCCCACCCCGCACUAUCUUGUUAAGAUUUCUUAGCUGAAAACAUUUGUUUGAUGAGAGACCCUUGUCUCCCAUCUAUUUUUCAAUCAAAAUACAAAGUUUAAAUAGCCUUUCAUCUCCUUUCUUUUCUCUUUUUUCCUACUCCAAAAAACCUAAUUCAGAUCAUCCAUCGUAUUGGGUAAGGAAGCAAUAAGAAGAAGAGGGAAAAAAAAGAAACGUUGUUGCUUAUGUUUAGAAACUAUCAUAGAAAGUUAUCUUAUUUGGGUGAAAAUCAAAAGGAAAGAUCAGGGUCGAUAUCAGAGGAAUUGGGAAGCUUUAGCCUCUAAGAACAUGGCAACUUUCUCAAUGCUGUUUUAGAAAGAUGUAUUUUCUUUUCAUUCAUUUCUUGCCUACUUUUCUAGUGUCUUCAUAAUCGCUUUAACUAUAUUUUUUUUAUUUCCUUUCAAAGAUAUUAUAAUCAAAGUUCUCGCUAUGGAUUCUGGUAACAGUAGUAGUAUGCAAUCUUCAAGUGGUGGUGAUGAAGAGUAUGACUCAAGGCCUGAGUCAGUCGCAGCUUUUUUGAACGCUUCAAGCCAUUUUAAUCCCUUGUCAAAUCAACAACCGUCACUUGUCCACCACUUAAACCAGCCACUCACUUUCUUUGAUCCUAUUCCUUCGCUAAAUUAUUUCAACCAAUUCUCUCAAUCUCAACCAAGAAAUUCACUGCUAAAUUUUGAUGGUGUUAGGCCUCGAAUGAGUAUGAGAUCCGAACCCAACCGUAUUGAAUUUAAUAACCUACCAGGCUCAUCGUUAUCAAGCCAGUCUAUCAUAGGUUCACAAGGAUUUAAUCAAGGUUCAUUUCCAAGCACAACAUCGAUGCAAUCAACAGCAGUUCAUGAGAAUGGUGUUAGAUCUUCAACACAGUCGGAUCAGAAAACAAGUGUUGUAAAGAACCCCAAGAAACGAACAAGAGCGUCAAGGAGAGCACCAACUACAGUUCUCACCACCGACACAACCAACUUUAGAGCAAUGGUGCAAGAAUUCACUGGAAUACCUGCACCACCAUUUUCAGGUUCAUCAUAUUCUCGAAGGCUGGACCUUUUUGGAUCUGGCUCACGGUCCAGUCAUUUGGAACCUUUAGCUUCUCUCUACCCUUUACGUCCCUCGGCUAAAAGGGUUCAGACGACUCCAUUUGUAUCCUCAUCUUCUUCUUUACUUGAUGCUGCUAAUAUUACCAGUACUACAAGCGAUUCCUCCGUUAAUCCUACUGCUUUCAAUCCUAGUUCUAGUAACUAUCAACUCCCUGGUGAUAUAGGCUUACUAAAGGAGCCUCAUAAUAUAUCAAACUUGCAGAACCAGACCCCCAUACUAUCGUUCCAGUCCUUUCUAGACCCUCCUCCGUUACACCCAUCUCUUAAUUUGCCUGGUUUCGGUCUGAAGUCCCAGGGAAGCUCAGCCAUGCCUUCCAUUGAUGAACUGGGGUUGAGCCAUGGUCAUGGUAGUGCAGGCGUCGGUGGCUUACAAAGUCAUGGGGUUGGCUUGAACGAUGGGAACCAAGAGCAUUUGAGGCCUUUAGAUGGGAGUUAUGGUAAUACUGGUCAUAAUUCACAAAGAGUUAACAGCUGCAAAAUGAACUACUCAGCGUCCUCAUCAGCAUUCCACCAUGACAAGGGAUUGGACACCGUUUCUUCAAGAACUGAAGGUACCCUUGAUUCAUGGAUUUGUCCUGCAGAAUAGAAAUCAUUAAUCACUACUAAACUUAAUUAAUGUACAGAAUAUUGUCAGCACUAGAAGGGUUAUUUUCCUCUUCUUUUUCUCUUUUGUUCAUUUCAGAAAUAAUUAAUUCACAUUAUAUUUAUGCUUAA